AUGUACGAGCAAGAGGCGGGUCAUCUCAAGACGUUUAAUUCGCUUAUCCAUAAACACCGCGUUCGCCCGACCGCGCUUUACCCUCUGUGGCAGCUCAUGUCGACUGGUUUGGGUUGGAGCACGGCAGUAAUGGGUCGUGAGGCGGCCAUGGCUUGCACAGAGGCCGUCGAGACGGAGAUUGGUAACCACUACAACGACCAGAUCCGGACUCUACUUGAAAUGGUCACCGAGUGGGAGGCCGAGGGAUACGAAGUUGGGCCAGAAUUCACUGAUCUUAUCAAGACACUGCGGCGAAUUCGGGAUGAAGAGCUGGAACACCUCGACCACGCCGUCGAGCAUGACGCUAAGAAGGCAGAGCCGCACUGGUUGCUGACCGGCGUCAUUCGAGCAGGUUGCAGAGGUGCUAUUUGGGUGAGCGAAAAGAUGUAA